AUGGAUAGAGAUUCUACUGACCAAGACAUUACCGGGAUCUAUACGCUCCAAUACUACAAUAGGAGUUAUACUAUCCACGAUAUGAAUAGACCUCGGCAACGAGUGAGCCAAGGUCAAGCGUGUGAUCGCUGUCGUCGACUGCAUCUUGGAUGCAACGAUUACAAGCCCUGUGAUAAAUGCACCAAAAGUGGUUCAAAUUGCAGCUUUGAAUCAUCUUUGACUGUAGGAACACCAUCAAGUUCUUCGAUUACGCAAAAUGGAAACUAUGUAGAAGAUUUAUCCCGAAUUAACGUUGAUGCCAUUCAAUCUCCGAACUAUGCCAAUUCAGGUGGAUUGCCUUCAAAUGCGAUUCGAGCAGUGACGCAAUCUAUAAAUGUGAGACAGCGUGUUAAUGUAGCAAUGACACAAUCUGUUGGCAUAGCAAGGGAACAUGUUGAUCUAGUAGGGAUGCAACAUGUUGACCUAGCAGGGGUGCAACAUGAUCUAGCAGGGGUGCAACAUAUUGAUCUAUCAGGGGUACAACUUGGUGAUGUUCAACAUGCAGAUGUAGUAGGGUUUAUACCCGUUGAUGCAGAGAGGAUACAAUCCAUUAACGCGACAGUGGCACAAGCAGGACCACAAGUUGCAGAUUAUCAAGACAAUUAUGAUGUGGAUCUAGAUGAUUUGCUGCAAUUUAAUGGAUCAAGUCGUUCGACCAACGAUGUAGCAAUGUUAAUCGUCCCCGAUAUUAAUGUAGUAAUACUAGUCGUCUCUGAUGUUGAUUCAGCUGUUGAACAAUUAAGACGUCUUCAAGGUAAAUAUAGUAAAAGCUAUGAACACAAUGUUUAA